ACAUUAAAUGUAGUGAAAUGUCAAAUGGUCUUUUCAUUUCAUUUUGUAAUUAAAAUUAAAGCGUUUGAUUCAAUGCAACAUUUAUUUGGUGAUUAUAUUUAACGCCAUAAUGAGAAAUCUUACUAAUAAAUUAAUUUUAUUGAAUAGAUGUCAAUCACAGCUAAGCCGAUGUGCGUUCAAUAGUACCGUGAAGAUAACUCAAAACAGGUUUUAUUCUCGACCAACAAGUUUUCCUGAUUAUUAUCAAAAUCCAAUAUUUAGAAAGGAAGAUCAGGCAAAGCUGAUUGAAAACAAUGACCUAUCUAAAUUGGCUACUACUCCGUUCAGACCUCCAGCUUCCUACGAGACGUCCUCUGUGUAUCAUGAUCCAAUUGUAAAUAAAGUUAUAAAUCAUGUGAUGGAAGAUGGUAAGAAACAGUUGGCUCGCAGUUUAGUUGAAAAAGCAUUUGAGAAUAUUAAGAGAAUACAAAUUGAACGGUACCACCUAGCUACAACACCAGAAGAGAAGUCAAAGAUAAUAUUAAGCCCAAAAGAUGUAUUGCAUAAGGCAAUUGAAAACUGUAAGCCUUUACUACAGCUUACUCCUAUUAAACGAGGAGGCAUAACCUAUCAGGUACCAGGACCUAUAACUGAAAAGAGAUCAUUAUUCUUAGCUAUUAAAUGGUUACUGGAUGCUGCAAAUGAAAAAGAUAGGACAGUACAUUUUCCUGAACAGUUUGCUUGGGAACUAUUAGAUGCUGCUAAUAAUACUGGCAAAGUGGUGAAGAGAAAGCAAGAUCUUCAUAGACAGUGUGAGGCAAAUAGGGCUUAUGCUCAUUAUAGAUGGCAGUAGUGGGUGUUUUGUGUUGCCAGCUAUAAAAAUUAUAAGAAAUUGUGAGCAUUUAAUGUAGAAAAUGUACACUAAGUAAUUUAGUUAUGUUUUAAUAUAAAUAAACAUAU